CGUGGGUGUGGAUCAGGGCAGCCUGCCUGGAUGAGGCAGCCUCGAAGCUGUUAGAGGGGUGUUGCUGGAAGAGGCGGAAGGCCUGGCCCAGGGUCCUCCUGCCCCUGGUGAUGACCGUCUCCGCCACCGUCUCCCCCCUGCCCACCCCCGACACCCAGAACCCCAACCAGUGAGCAGGCUGCAGGCUGGAAUCCGCUGCCCGGAGCAACCAGGCAAACAGAACCCCGCCAGGUUCUCAGCCUGUGCUCUGGUUGGGCCACUUGUGCUCCCACUGCCCCCUGGACCAGGCCUCCCGCCACCCCAUGCAGCACCCCAAAUCCUUCUAUGCUUCUGCAGUUCCCCAGGAAGGCUUCAGCCCCCAGAGUCUGGAGGGGGCUGAGGUGCUGGGCAGCCAGUCCGCUCCCACCUGCACCGAGCCUCCUCCCGCCAUGGCCUCACUGAACCUCUAUCACCCCCCAAACCCAGAGGAAGAGGUGUUUCCAGCCCCUCCAGCAGGUUUCCAGAUGGCCCCAUGCGGGUGCUUUUUCGACCCCCGCAUCUAUCGGAUCGAGUGGACCACUCCCGACCUGGGCCAGUCGGCCCUGUACAAGCCGGCAGCGAGUGGCAGGGGGCCAAUGGGGUGCCCUUCCACCCCAGGCAGCUACCUCCCGGGGCGGCCCCCAUACCCCCACUACCAGCCAGUACCCGGGGUGCCCCAGUUCCUCCUGCCCUACUUCCCACCUGAGGGCCCUGGGCCAGAGGCUCUGGGCUUUGCAGGGGACUCGGGGCCCACCGCCUUCAUGGAGCUACCCCUGCUGCCACUCGAGGAAGGCAUGGCCCCACCGCCAGCCCCACCCCCCAAGGAGAACAAGCUGCCCCCUGUACUCAUCCCGCGGCCUGCAGAGUCCAUGCUGCCCCUGGACACCUACAGCUGCCUCCAGGGCCACCCUGGCCACUUCCCUGGGCCUGAACCCCUGGACUUCCCCACCAAGGAGCCGCAAGGCAGUGGGGCCGGGCCCGGGGUGCUGCUGUACCCACCCAGCUCCAGUGAGCCCAAGGUGGCCAAGGCCAAGGAGGGGGCCCUGCUGGGGGCGGGCGAGGCCAAGGCACUCCCAGACAAGGUUCUGCUGGAGGACGCCAUGAAGCUCUUUGACUGCCUGCCGGGCACCACCAAGCCCAACAGGACCCCGCGCAAGGUCCCCAGGCCGGCCCUGCCUGACGACGGUGGCAGGAACUCGGCCGACGACAUCCGCUCGCUGUGUCUGCCUGAGGAGCUGCUGUCCUUCGACUACAGCGUGCCUGAGAUCCUGGACACUGUGUCCAGUGUCGACCUCUUCAACUUCAAGGCGCUGGAGGAGGAGCAGCUGCCCCGCCAGGGGCCCCCUGUUGCCAAUGCUGUGGCCCCCAUUCUGUCCCGCAAGAGAAAGGCCUCAACAGCCAAGAAGGGAAAACCGGGAGGGAAGGCCAGCCAGCCCGCAGGCCCAGCCAGCGCCACUCCCCUGGGGCCCAGGCAGGACCUGGGAGCUGCCCCCCAUUAAAGCGCAUUUCACCUUUUA